AGCAAAUUAGCUCUGUUGAGCGAAUUUGCUCAUUUUGCUCCAACGGUUAAGCUACUCGCUAGGAAGUUUAAUAAAUUGCAAGCAGGUCCCUAAAUGCAACCAUUGUAGUUGCUCUAACACUAUACAGACGCUGAUCGGGCAGACAGUAGUUUUUAGAUGAGAAAAAAUCAUCAUGGUCUCCUGGAGGCUGGAGCAUACUGAAGAACAACAGCAAGAAGUGAGCAAUUUGGCGUUCCUGCGAAUCCAUGAGGCAUGGAUUACCUGCAAUAUCGCCGCCAAUUAUUACCCUUUUGAAAUCAUGCAACACUCUCCGAUGUUUCGAGCAAAUCCACGUACAAAUAAUUCAUAAAGGUUUUGAGCAUGACAAUUACUUGAUCUCCAAUUUCAUCUCAGGUUGCUGCACAUCUUUCUCUCUCCUCCGCUAUGCAACCACCGUCUUCAACUCUGUAUCGUGUGCCAAUACUUGCCUUUGGAACUCUUUGUUAAACGGUCAUUGUAAUUACUCUUCUCUCUCAUCUUCUCUUUCUGUAUUUUCCGCCAUGAGAGCUUCUUCUGAAGGUGUUCCAGAUAAGUAUACUUUCCCGCCAUUGAUUAAGUGUUGCUCGAAUGAAUUGGAUGUUUUUGUUGGGGUAGGGAUUCAUGGGUUGUUGAUUAAAUAUGGUGUUGAGGAUAAUGUGUUUGUGGGUUCGAGUUUGGUUGAUUUUUAUGGGAAAUGUAAGCUAAUUGGGGAUGCACAGAAGGUGUUCGGUGAAAUGCCUGACAGAAAUGUUGUGUCUUGGACUUGUAUGCUUGUUGGGUAUGUUAAUUGUGGGGACUUGGUUAGUGCACGGAGGGUGUUUGAUGCAAUGCCGAAGAGAAACCGGGUUUCGUGGAAUGCCAUGAUUUGUGGGUAUGUGAAACUUGGUGAGUUGAAUAGUGCUAGGAAGUUGUUUGAUGAAAUACCUUCCAAGAAUGUCCAUUCGUACACUACUAUGAUUGAUGGGUAUGCUAAAUGUGGGGACAUGGCUUCAGCUAGGUUCUUGUUUGAGGAGUGCUUAGCUAAGGAUCUUGUCCUGUGGUCAGCUUUAAUAUCAGGGUAUGCACAAAAUGGGCUUCCUAAGGAGGCAGUGAAGUCUUUUCAGGAGAUGCAGUUCAGCAAUACUAGGCCAGAUGAACAUAUAAUGGUUAGCGUAAUGUCAGCUUGUGCACAAGUAGGGAAUUUAGAACUUGCUAAUGAGAUUGAUUCAUAUAUGAGUAGGAGCUCUUUUGAUCUCCAGCGUACGCAUGUUGCUGCAGCAUUGGUAGAUAUGAAUGCUAAAUGUGGUAAUAUGGAGAGAGCAAUGAGUUUGUUUCAUAAUAUGCCUAAACGGGAUUUAGUGUCAUAUUGUUCAAUGAUUCAUGGCCAUGCUCUUCAUGGUCAAGGAACGGAGGCUAUUAAAUUAUUCUAUAACAUGCUUUCUGAAGGGCUAAUGCCUGAUGAUGUGGCUUUCACCGUCAUUUUGACAGCCUGCAGUCAUGCCGCAUUGGUGGAGGAAGGUUACUGCUUAUUUGAUAUGAUGAAAAGUAAAUACUCGAUCACUCCCUCUCCUAACCAUUAUGCAUGCAUGAUUGAUCUUCUAGGUCGUUCUGGCCACUUAGAAGCAGCCUAUGAUCUCCUUAAAUCAUUGUCAGUUGAGAAUCAUUCUGAAUCUUGGGGCACACUUCUUGGGGCUUGUAGAUUGCAUUGUGAUACUGACUUAACUGAAGUAGUUGCCAGCCGACUAGUUGAACUUGAGCCAUGUAAUGCGGGCAGUUUUGUUUUGUUGUCUAAUGUCUAUGCAGCAGCAGAUCGAUGGUUGGAUGUUUCUAUAGUAAGGAAACAAAUGAUAGGUCGUGGACUUAGGAAAAUUCCUGGUUGUAGUUGGGUUUAGGUCAAUACGUUACUGGUAAGCUGUGUACUCCUCAGUCCUCACUCACUCCUCAGACCCUAUCCGCGGCAGGAGACGUUCUAGGAUCUUGUUGGGUUUUUGUCAACUUAUACAAUUUCCUACCUUUCGUCAAAGUUUUUGUUCUCAUGACAUAAUCCACUAGUUGCUACCUUUUUCAAAAUAAUCGUUUGGUGGUUUUGUACAAAGUGCCUCUCCUAGGCAUAAGACUGGGUAUCUUGAAUCUCUGCAGCCCCCCAUGACUGAUGGCCUUUGUCGUCUGUCAUUGUGGAUCAUUAUCCCUGCUCUGUGGAAGAUAUCCUGGAACUUACAUGUAAGAUUCUGAGAGACAGGUGCACAGUACCAAUAUACCAUCACAUGUGCCAAGGACAUCCAAAUGGAUCUUGCAACAGUUUUCAACCUUUUCUAUUGCGGGUGAUUCAGCACACGGAAAGGGUGCAAAGUCACUGGCUCAGUUUGCCUUUGUGAUCAGGGACAUAUGUUGGGAAGAGCUUGAAUGGAAAGGAAAACAUGGACAGUCACCAGAGUUGUUGCUACAAAGCCUCAUUAUUUUCUUGAUUUGGAUGUUCAACUUACAGAGAAGAACUUUUUGGAGAAUAUACCUGAGUUCUGGUCGUCAGAGGAAUUUUCGGAGUCCCUUAAAGGUGGUGAGAUCUUGUCGGUUGAUAAUAAGUUCUUUGUAGAUUUCUUCCUUUAGUUACUGUAUGAAGAUAAUCUGCAAGAAGUUUGGACAGUUGUUGGUCAGUUUCUUAUGUAUGAAUCUUUUUCUUAUCUUUGUUAACGUCUUCUAAUCAUUCUUGAUGAGCGGGAUCUAUGUACAUUAUUGCUAAUGCUUCAAGAUCUUCUUACUAGAGAAAGAGAUCUCUAAACUUUGAUAAUACAUCUUAUUGUCUGGAGAUUGUGAUUUGUAAGUGUGGUGACCAAGUAUCUAUUGAUCAGUUGUUUCUGUUGAAUGCACUGUUUACGAAGGAAGGUUACUUUUGCGGUUGGUACAUGGUGAAGGGACCGAGGAGGAGAAGGUUAGGAACUUACGAUUGAUGAUUUAGUUUUAAGGAUCUGUACACAUACAAGUGAAGCCAAGAGUUUGGCCCUGAUUUCCAAAGACUAUUGAAGUGAUAAAAUGGCUUGGUCUUCUUUCGUGGAGCCUCAAAGUGGCUUUAUUUCAUUUACAGGUUGUCUAAGGAAUUUCAUACUUCUGAAUCCUGGGAAUCUCUGUUUAUCAAUAACAUUGGGUUUCGUAAAUCUGAUAUAUAUGGUACAGAACGUGAUGGAACUUCAGACAAGAGUGAACAGGACUUAGGUGAAAAAACAGCAACUAAAGCUAAACGUAAAAGGAGGCAAAACAACAGAAAAAAAGGAGAAGGAAUCGAGAUUAUGAUGAAUUCAGUGAUCAGGACUUGCUUGACCUUGACGAUUCAGAUGAUAAAUUCAAUCUCCAGUCUAGUUCUAUUAGCUGGUUGCUUUCUAGUGAUGGCUAUGCGACUUCAUGGAGCUUGGCUGAUCUACCGGAACAUUUAUCAAAGCAUUGUCUGAGAGAAUGGAUGAAGCAGACUUUCGAUAGUUGAAGUGAGGCCACCUAAUUUAUGUGAAUUUCACACAAUAUUCAGGAUUGAGGAUGAGAAGUGCAGCCGUACAAGUCAUUCACCAUCAUGCAUUCUCCAUCUACCUUGCUCAACCCUUGUUUGCUACUUCUUUGGCUUUACACUCUUACAAUUGGUAAUUCUUUUGUUGGCUAAAUGACCGGCUUUAUAUGUUUUUGUGUCAUGCGUUCUUACUGUUGUGGCUUCUUUUGAGAUCUUUCUUUCACGGCUUCUAGGUUUCCAUCUUCAAGUCUUUGUCGGAGAUAGUAUACAUACUUUGCAGGAAUGACUAUGGCUGUUGUUGGCAUUCUGGGUCACCUACAGGUCAUUUCUUAUUGUUAUUGCAGCACCAUCUAACCUAAACUUUUUUUUUUGGCAAUUAAUAAUUGUAUUAAAAACCAAAGAGGAAAACACUGAAGUUUUACAAUGAGCCCUGACCACUAGAACACAACCUACACGAUUUCACAAGGCAACAACCCUAAUCAUGUAGUAAUCUAUUUCUAAGUUCCUCAUAACUUCUACAGGAAACUGUAAACAAGAUUUCCUUAACAAGGCACUCAACUGACUUUACAGGUUUCUUAAAAAUCACAGCAUUUCCAGUAAGCCAUGCUGUAAACUGCUUCGGUGAAGCACAUCACAUACAGCUGAGCAAUACAAGUUGUUUUCCUGCUUUUCUUCACCACUGUUUAUAGUUCAUGAGCAUAUAAGCCAACAGCUGAGGUUAUUUUGGUAAAUUAACUUUUCGUGUCCCCAAUCAAAAAUACCAACCUACCCUCCUUGAGUUGUUUAUUGUGCUGACUGCUGCUCUACUAAACUACCCUAACCCUCCCCCCCCCCGCGUUUUCUCUCUCCUUCCUCCCGUUUUCUCUGCCGCUUCACUCUCACACAAUCACAAAGCUCUCUUUCUCUCUCCUAGGUAAAUCACUCUCAAACCCUUUCUUUCGAAUUCCAUUUUUCCUCUCUUUCUCUCUCCUAGGUAAAUCACUCUCAAAACCUUUCAGUUCUCAAUUCUGUCGAAUUCCAUUUCUUAAGAUUUUGGGUGAAGAAAUCGAGUUCCAGAUUUUUAGGGUUAGGCUUCUUCGCCGUCGUCCCGCAAAGAUGGUCGUCCUCAACCGCCCCGGCGGCGACGUCUCCGCGGUAGCCAAAUUUCCAGAUUACGUUGUAGAUGAGGAUGAGAAAAUAUCCCACCACCGUCUGCCCUCCGCAUCCACCACUCUUUCCUCUCCAACCUUUAAAUUCUACCAGAAAUGGCGGCGGCGCAACGAGCUACGUCCUCUGCUAUAUCAAAAAAAAAAUCACCAUCGGCAGUAGCAGCAUACCACCGUUGUUUGGUGGAGCACGGUGGUCGUCUUCGUGGUUGGGCCAUGUGGAUCCGGCACCUGAAGACCCUUCACCUGGCCGAUAUCGGAGUUGUUGAGGAUCAGUACAAGAAAGGUCUAGAAGAAGACCCUUCCGUAUUUGAUUAUGAUGGUGUUUACGAUGAUAUGGAAUCGAAAAUGGUUCAGCCAAAAGCCGAAGAUAGACAGUAGCGCCAGGCUUCUCGAUCCUUCUCCUCUGUUCUCAACUUCAAGGUGGACUUCAUUUGGUACUAUGAGGAUGUUCUAACCCACAGGCACGUCCAAUGUCUCUUUUAUACGGCUGGCGUGACAUUGUUGGAAAAAUACAUGGACAACCUAGAAACCCUUCAAAAAGCCGCUGAAUUACGCACUCUUCAAUCCCAAUUUAUCAACUAUCAUCACAAUCUAAAUUACGCCAAAGAAGCUGUAGAAAUCAGCGCAAAGCUGCUUGAGAUUAAUCCAGGAUUCUACACUGCCUGGAACUAUCGGAAACUUGCUGUUGAGCAUUUUCUGCUCCUGUCUCUAUUUUGAAUGAGGAACUCCGCGUU